AUGAGUGCCGCCGGCUCCGAGGCCCCUUCCAGGGCGUCCGAUGCGCCGGAGAUCGUUGUGCCUGCGGCGUCGGCGCCGCACAGACUCUGGAAACGGGGCGCGGUGGUGGGGGUAAGGCAAGGGGGGACUGAUUUUGGACUUUGGAAUUUUUUGAUUUUUUGUUGAAAAAACGUGGAAUUAGAAUUUUUUGGGCAAAAAAAUCAUGUUUAAAUAUUUUUUUCGGUAUGGCAAGAGGGGACCACUAGCAUUUAAAAAAAAUUUUUUUGAUCAAUUUUUGAAUUUUUUGAAAAAAAUUUUUUUUUCAGAUGCUCCGAAAUAUGUUGUCAAACGGCGCACAAACUGUUGGAUUCCAUCGACAAUUGAGUGAUAUUGACACAACUCGACAAGAUUCAUUAGAAUUGGAACAAAACAGGUAACCGAAAAUUCCAAAAAAUUGCACUGUGCGAAAUUUUAAUGCGUUUUUUUGCACCGUGCGACGAAAAAAAUUGAUUUUUUUGCACGGUGCAAAAUUGCGAAAAAUUUUUGCACCGUGCGACAAAAAAAGUUUAUUUUUUGCACAGUGCAGAAUUGUGAUUUUUUUGUACGGCGCCACAAAAAAAGUUUAUUUUUUGCACAGUGCGAAAUUGAAAAAAUUUUUGCACAGUGCAGUCAAAAAAAUUUUUUCAGUGCAAAAUCGAAAAACUCCUGCACGGUGCGACAAAAAAGCUUUAUUUUUUGCACGGUGCAACGAAAAAAAAAUUAUCUUUUGCACAGUGCAAAACUUCAAAAAUUUUUGCACGGUGCGGCAAAAAACUGUGCCUUUUGCACCGUGCAGUAAAAAAAAAUUUUUUUUGCACUGUGCGAAAACAAUUUUUUUUUUCAAACUCCAAAUUUUUUUCCAGCCGUCUCGACCUCGCCUUUGACGACCACAGCCUGACAGUGUUAUGUUGGGAGAUCCUCAUCUUCCUCGUCUGCAUGUACAAUUUGUUCGCGAUCCCGUUUCCGGCGUUUGACGACCUCUUCCGCUACAACUACCAGAAAUGGAUGCUCUGCAAUGUGAUUGCCGACGUAAUCUUCCUGCUGGACCUGCCGGCCCAGUGUUUUGUCGGUGCGUCUUCAUUUGUCUAAUUUAUUUUCGCCCUCCAUUUUCAGCCAUUUUUAAGGACGGAUUAAAGGAGCGUAACGUCAAAAUAAUCGGGUUAAAUUACAUCAAAAGGUGGGUGAUGUCUUUUUGUUUUUUGGGGGCCAGAUUACCUUCGCGGAAGCCGGGUAAUCCGUGGAAUACGGGGCGGGCGAAAAUAUUACGGAAUGGAUGCAAAAAUGGAGGGAAAUUAUAUUACACAUGACAUCAAAAUAGUUUUUUGGUCAUAUAAAGUGUCAUGAUUGUAAAAUAAAAGAAAAAACCGGUGAAAUAGACAUUGCAAGGCUUAUUGAAAACAAGACAAUGCUUUCUGACCAGUGGCAUGAUCAAUUUUGACACUUUUUGCAAAAAACUUUUUUGUCGUAUAAAAUGUCACCUUUUAAAAAAAGAUGAAAAAAUCAAUGUAAAUCAACCCCUGAGGUGCCCUAUGUGCUCGGUAAUUUAUUUUUCAUUGUCUUGAGGCUUUUUUGAGUUUUUUUGAGCGAAAACAUGUUUCAUCGAAUAAAAUGUCACUUUUUGGAAAAAUGAAAAAGAAUCGAUUUGAAACAUGUCCGGAGGUCCGUUAUGUGCCCCAUACGUAAUUUUCGUUUGUCUGGAUGCUUUUUUGAGAUUUUUUGAACGAAAACAUGUUUCAUCGUAUAAAAUGUCACUUUUUGGAAAAAUGAAAAAAAAGUCGAUUUGAAUCAAGUCAGGAGGUCCAUAAGUAAUUUUCGUUGGUCUUUAUGGGGUUUUGAGAUUUUUUGAGCGAAAACAUGUUUCAUCGUAUAAAAUGCCACUUCUCGGAAAAACAAAAUAAAAUCGAUUUGAAACAACUUACUACCAAAAAUCGACUUUUUUGCAGGUCUCGCUUUAUCAUGGACCUUAUUGCCGUCUUCCCGAUGGACCUGCUGAUCCAUCGUCAUCAUGACCUCCACAUGCUUCGUGUAAAUUCUCUUGCCAAAAGCUACCGUAUCCUCAAGUUCCUGAAUCGGGUCCAAAUGCACACCUCCUGGCCGAAUGUGAUUGUCAUGGCCAAAGUGAUCAUUCCCAUAGUGUUCAUUUUUCAUUGGAAUGCGUGCGGGUAUUUCGCGUUGAGUUUGUAUUUCGGAGUGGACGAUUCGGAGACCAACAAUUGGCCUUUCGCCUACUCCAAGAUUAUGGAUCCCAUUUUUUCGACCUGCAAUUGGAUGCCGUGGGAUUUGGAGUGCACGGUGGAUGAGAGGCCCUGGAAUGGGACGAAAGAAGAGCAUAUCGAAGAGUUGUUUGAGUAUUGGGAGAAUAGGCAAGUGUAAUAUAAAUUCACUGCAUAUUCUGUGGAAAAUAAGUAUUUUCGGGCCGUUACAUGUUCACAACAUCAAUAAAAACACAUUACAAUUUUUCCAGAAGAAGUUCAAAUCCAAAUAUGCCAUAAUAAAAUUUUUGACAAAAUGUCACAAAAAUUAUUGGAUUUUUAAUUCUUUGCAAUUCGGUCCAAAACGACGUUUCUGAAGCCUCUUCAAGCUUUAUUUAGCAAAUUUAAGCGUAAAAUAUUUUUGACGAAAUGUCACAAAAUUUAUUGGAAUUUUAAAUUUGUGGAAUUGGUCUUUAAUUGGCUGAGAAUGAUGAGAAAGUAAAAAUACAUCAACCUUAGCUUCCGAAUAAGCCAGUAACUAAUAAAAUAUGAAUGGUUUUUGUCGCUAAAAAUUUCUAAUUUCAUUUUUUCCGUCAUUUUCAGAACAAUCGAAGUCUUUUUCUCCGAUCUGGCCAAGAAGUACGCCCUCUCAAUCUACUGGUCCUCCAUGACAAUCACCACUCUGGGCGAACAGCCCGAGCCGGACAAUAGUAUCGAAAAUCUGUACGAGAUUUUGAACACCGUGAUUGGUAUCCUAAUUUUCGGUGCCAUUAUGGGGUCGGUGGCGGAGAUUGUCCAAAACGCCAAUCGAAUCAAUCGAGAGCUCCGUGCGAAUCAGGACUUGGCCAAGAUUUUUAUGCAAAAUCGAAAAGUUGAGGAGAAAGUUCAACGGAAAGUCUUCAACUACUUUGACUUCACGAUCAGCGAGCAGUGGGUGUUCGACGACCCGGUGAGUUGAAGUGUCUGGCGCUGAUGUUUGAGUUUUCAGACUUCAGACCCGCUGCUGACGACCGCUCUGCGGCAAGACGUCCGGAUCGAGGUGCUUCUCAAGUAUUUGCGGGAGAUCCCGUUGUUCAAGGUAAGACAGUAAACGGCGAUAGUAAGUCUCCUUUAUCAUUCUGUUGGGAAAAUAAUGAAAUCUGUCAAUCUUGUAAACUCUUGUAUAGUUUGACAUCUCUGCGCCACGUGAAUAUCACCACGGAUCUCGUCCCGGUCUUUAUUGGAUAAGCGUUUGUCGAAGUUUCGCAUUCUCUCUUUGGCGUGGUAAAACCACAUGGCACGUUCGACGUCCGGCUGAAUAUCGUUAUUUUUAAUCCGAUGAAGAGGUUACUGUAGGUAAACUUUGAUUCGGUCUUGGCAAUGGCGAAGCCAACGCAGUGAAAUUUUCUGCUGACGUCGCAGAAUUUAUAAUAUUGGCUAAAAAUAUUGUAUGUAUAGAUCAAAAUCUAAAAGUAGAAUCAUAGAAAUAGCAAAAAACCUGCGAUUAGAACAAAUCCGCAUUUCAUGACAUAGAGUAAGUUACGUACCAUCAAUAUACAAAUCUUUCUGCACCUUUUGUUGUGUAAGAAGUCUCCCCGUGGAAAUCGCAAUAACGAAAUCCUUAACGGCCAACUUUUCGGCUUCAUCUCUCUUGCACUGCAAGAAUGCUUUUGGUAUAUCUUGCGGCUCAACCAACUCGUCAUCAUUUGUUGGUUGCUCCAUCUCCUCCAAAAUCUUUUCAAAGUCACCCCACCUGUAAUCAUCUUUCAUCGUAUUCCGCAGCUUGUAGACGACACCUUGAACCUUCUCAGCGACAACAGAGGAUGCCCCAGCUCGAGGUCUCGAUAGAAGGUUUCAGGCACAAUCGAAGGGAUCUCCUUGAACUUGGUUUCAUUUGCAUUCCUGGCCCCAUUCGGAAGCCUGCUUUGCAACGCGGCAUAUACUGUAUCCGUGUGUCAAAACAGUAACGCACCCUUCUGCAUCCUCUUGACCAAUUAGUCUGACCUUGCAUUUCUCUAGCGACGGAAUAACUAUAAUAUGAAAAAUUCACUUCUGUGGCUUUCCACCGGCUGAAUUUGCACUCGUAUUCAUGUUUCAAUCUCAGGUCUCUGCAAUGUUUGAAGUUUCAUGUUCACUUUUGGCGCGUUGCUGGCAAGAUUGCAAUAAAGUGGUUUUCACAGUGCAUUUUUGUUUUUUGCCGCGCGCGCGAUUCACUUCAGCGUCGCCUGUGCUCACUGAUUCCCCGACAGCAAGAAUACUUUCUAAAUCGCGUUUUUAGGACACCUCCGAAGUGUUUCUGCAAGAGCUGGUCAUGCACUUUCACACCCAACUCUACGGGCCCGGCGAUUAUCUCUGCACCAAAGGAGAUGUCUGUAGAGUAAGUUACAGUAAUCUAAUGUAAAGCCACAAAAUUUAGAGUUAACACUUAUUUCGCCUUUUAGGAGCUCUUCAUUGUCGAAGACGGAGUUUUGAUCGAAAUCUCCAAAAAAGAGGUGAAACGGACGCUCCGAAAAGGCGACGCGUUCGGCGAGCUUAGUCUAAUGUAUCAGCCGGAGCAUCGGUUCGAGGACCGUCGCCACACGUCGCUGAUUUCGGUGGGAUUCAGCGAGGUCUUCAUGCUUCCCGUGGAUAAAUUCCGGAGACUUUUGCAGGACUUCCCCGUGUUGACCAAGGAAUUGGAUAAGAAGAGUGAGUAUAGAGGGACUCACAAUUAUCUUCAUAUCAGUCUGUCGGGAAAAUAAUGAGCACAUUUUCGCUGCGCCGAUCGCGUCGCUGGAGUGAAAAGCAAUUUGAUUUGUCGCGACACAAAUAAUUUUCUCGUGUGCGAUGCGAUUUUCGAUGCGACAAUGUGCGCAUUAAUUUCCCGACAGACUGAUAAGGACUUAUUGAUGCAACUCAGCUUUUGUACAUAUAUUUUUGUCCACUUUUCAGCCCGCGAAAUGCUGGCUGUCCGGGGGCUGUUGAGGUCCGAAGAAGACAUGAUGAACGCCAGAUACAGAGAGCAGUCGUAUCACGAUGUGAAUGACCGGUUAUUGCAGAUCAAAAAACAGGCAAGUCGCAGUCGCGGUCCACGGCAACCCAAGGAGUCUCCCGCCUCGUUUCGGCGCUUCGCCCACCUAGGGCCAAUGCGCUAUCUAAAAUUUUUGCUGAAAGUUAGCUGAAAAUGGUAGGGCACAGCUCGGAAAACAACGUUUCGCAGCUCGCCGAAGCUAAGUCUCGGCUUGUUUUCGAGCUGCGCCCAAGACGCGAGCUGCGCCCGUGCAAGUUCUCCGAGCUGCGCCCUAUGAUUUUCAGCAAACUUUCAGAUAGCGCAUUGGCCCUUACAAAUGUUAGUAUCGGUUGAAUUCAAAGCAAAUGUCAAAAAUGAAUUUUCGUGUGGUUUUCCGACCGAAAAAAUAUUUUUUUCGGAAUUAUUUUAUUUCUUUUGUGAAUUUUGACACUUUGUUUGGACGAAAUUCAAAAGUGGGCGGGAGACAUUUUUCUUCUAUUUUGGGUUGCCGUGCGGUCGGACCUGCUUAGCGGGCAAUAUGACCGGUCGGAUUGGGGGGAAAUGACCGGUCAGAUUGGGCAAGACAGCCAGAAAGAGUAGUAAUAUUCAAGUACUUUCAGCUCGCCACGCUCAACUUUGGAAUUGGAGCACAAACCAAUAUUUUUAAGCGCAAAUUCAACGCCAUCGACAAACGAAUGAGAAAUGUGGAACAAAAUGCCAACGAGUACAUUCAACGGCGGGCUGAACGAAAGCGAAAUCGCGAGGAAUAA